AUGGAGGAGGACGAGGACGAGGAGGAGGUGCAGGUGCUGGGCGGUGACGAGUUCACCCCAGAGGAGAUCGCCGCCGCCGAGGCGCGCUUCGAGGAGGUCUACGGCUGGAAGCUGCCGGGCAGCUGCAGCGGCGGCGGCGGCGACAGCAGCGCGGGCGACACUGCUGGCAACAGUGACGCACGCACGGGCGCCGGGCAGCAGGCGGCGGGGUCCGGCGCGGCGGCGCUGCCGCCGCUGCAUGUGGUGCCGCUGUACGCGAUGCUGCCGCAGGCGCAGCAGGCCGCGGCGUUCAGGGCGCCGCCCAAGGGGCACAGGCUGGUUGUCGUGGCCACCAACGUGGCGGAGACAUCGAUCACGAUCCCUGGCAUCAGGUAUGUGGUGGAUGCGGGGCGGUCCAAGCAGAAGCUGCUGGAGGCGGGCGGCGGCCUCACGCGUUACGAGGUGCGCUGGGUCAGCAAGGCGUCCGCCGCGCAGCGCGCCGGCCGCGCGGGCCGCACUGGCCCCGGCCACACGUACCGGCUGUACAGCAGCGCCCACUUCAACGACACCUUCCCGGAGCACACGCCCCCCGAGAUCCUCAACACGCAGCUGGAGGGGGUGGUGCUGGUCAUGAAGGCCAUGGGCGUGGACAAGCGCCCCUUUGCAGAGGACUGGUGCAGCUGA